CAGAGAGAAAAGAGAAGAAGCCAAUAAACAAAUGAGAAGAAAACCCCAGCAAGCCAAACCCACAUACCUUCCUUGGAAGACAUCCAAAGCACCCAUCACAGCAAGCCCAAGCAGCUGUAUAACCCAAGAAUUCUUCUCUCUUUCUCAAAAACCUUUCAUCGCUCCUUUCUCUCCAGUCUUUGCACGAAGACAGGGUCCAGUUCCAAUCCAAAGAGCACCCAGAAAGGCAAUAAAAUGACGGACAUGGAUGGGUCCUCAAAACCCCCACAAAUCUCUGAAAUGUUCCAGAAAUUCGCCCUGGCUUUCAAGUCCAAGACCUUCGAGUUCUUCGCCGACAUCGAAGCCGUCGAGGACUCCGACGGCUUUUACGUCCUUGAAUCCGCCGACGAAGUCAUCACCGACCAGAAAGUCGUGGUCAUCAAACCGGACCCAAUUGAUGGUAACCCUCUGCCCGCACUACCAUCACCAGCACCGCCACAGUCAGUGAUAGCAAGGCCGUUGGGGAAGACCCCGACCAAAACCAUCAAUACCCAGAUGGCCCAGACCCUGAUUUCUUCGAUUUUCGCCACCAUUUCCUCGUUUGAAGCUUCGUAUUUUCAGUUACAGGCUGCCCACGUUCCGUUUGUUGAGGAAAGUGUGAAGGAGGCGGAUAGAGCUUUGGUCUCACAUCUUCAAAGGUUGUCCGAGUUCAAGCAAUUCUAUAAGGAUUGCUGUAGAAACUCUGAUUUUGGUUCUGAUUUGCCAAUUGGGUCUUGCUUGGAAGCUCAGGUGCAAGAGAAUCAGAGCAAGCUGCGCACACUCGGGACCGUCUCGGACCGGCUACAGUUGGAGAUUGAUCAGAAAGACAACGAGGUUUUGGCUUUGAGGAAGACGUUGGGUGAGAUUCAGAAGUCCAAUUUGAAGUUGGCAAAGAGGUUAUCGGGUAAUUUGAAUUCAUGUUGUGAGGUUCUGUUCACUGUUAGAGUAUUUGAUUCUGUUUUACAUGAUGCUUAUAGAGCAACACAUAGGUUUACCAAGAUUUUGAUUGAAUUGAUGAGAAAAGCUAUGUGGGAUUUGGAUUUGGCUGCCAAUUCUGUUUAUUCAGAUAUUGAGUAUGCGAAAACACAACAUAAUCAGUAUGCUUUUUUGUCAUAUGUUUGUUUAUUGAUGUUUAGAGGAUUUGAUUUAGAAGGGUUUGGAGUGGGUGAGAAAGAAUUUGUGUCUAAUGGGCAUGUUUCGAACUCGGAAGAGCAUCUUACUUCUUUGAAGCAGUUACUCGAGCACGUAUCCAGCAAUCCUAUGGAGUUGCUAAGUAUGAAUCAGAACUGUGAAUUUUCAAAAUUUUGUGAGAGUAAGUAUCAGGAGCUUAUCCAUCCAACCAUGGAAUCAUCAAUUUUCAGUAAUUUGGAUCGAUACGAAGCGAUAUUAAAUUCGUGGAAGUCAUUGAGUGUGUUCUAUGAGUCAUUUGUCAGAAUGGCAAGCUCGAUUUGGACACUACAUAAGUUGGCCUUUUCGUUUGAUCCUGUGGUUGAGAUUUUUAAAGUUGAGAGAGGCGUGGAUUUCUCCAUGGUGUACAUGGAAGAUGUCACAAGGAGAUUUAUGUUGCCAGGUAAAACUAGAGCAAAGGUGGGGUUCACAGUGGUUCCAGGUUUUAAAAUCGGAAGGACAGUAAUUCAGUCUCAAGUUUAUUUAAGUGGCUUGAAAUGGACAGACUAGUGAUCCAUGGUUCUGCAGUUUAGGAAAUCGUGGCAAUCGUAGUGGGCAAGACAAUUUUCUUCGGGUAUCCGAACUAGGCUGCCUUGGUUUUCGUUUACAGGCAUGGUUUGUUGGUCAAGUUCUAGUGGUUGAAUUCCACAAAUUCUAUGUUGGAGUUUACAAAUCGAAGAAUCCAUGCUUCUGUCACUCUACAAAGAUAUCAGCUUCUUGCUAUGCUGCUGAAGUAGGAGGUACUGUGGUAUUGCAGCUCUUUUGGAUAUCAUGUGAUAUGUAGCUGUGGUUUGAUCUGGUUUGCAAAUUUGGUUUUCCUUAUUUAUGCUGUUAAGUCAUAUGUAGAGAAAACUGUAUAGAGCCAUUUUUUUUUUGGAGUAAUGCUCUUUAUUAGACUCUUGUACAAUUGUUAUACAACUGGAUGACGUAGCAAUACAAUCAGUCAUUGGAUCAGGGCUUGUAAAAAAAAAUAAGCCCCGAUCUAAGCCUGUUUUUCUGUCAUGUCAUCCAGCCGUUGUACAUGAAUCUACUAAAUAGAAAUGCUCUUUUCUUUUUCUCCCCUUUUUUUUAGGUUCAUCUGACACAAAUACAUCAUGAAAAGUUUGUAUCUUAGUCAGUCACUCUAACAAUUAAUUAUAGUGUUUUGACUUUCAAUUGUAAAUUUUUAAUGCACCAACGAAUGAUUCUAUUCGCCAGCAAGUGUGGGAGAUGUAGUUGUUACAUACUUCUAAGAAAAAAUUGUCAUGUUGUGAAUGGCAGAAGAAAUGUUGCAUUCCCAUCACCUUGUCCCCAUUCUGUUUGCCUGUGGUAAGGGGGUUCAGAUGUUGGACCCCCUGUGUUGUUUCUUCCGUUGGCUUAUUACGCUUGAUGAUGCACUUUGCCUUGGAGCAUCUACACAUAUCAUAGCAGUUGUUUUAUAUCAACCACCAGUAUUGUAUAGGGAAUGGGAAUGGGAAUGACUAUUAAGUUCGUUUUUCUCUGUUCUUUGGAUGUUUGUAAAGAGAGGAAAGGAAAGUGAAAUUAGUAGUUUUUCUUGUUUGCAAGCAUUUGGAAGGAAUCAAAAGGAAUGAUUAUAGUGUAUUAUUUUUCUGAAGAGUUGCAAGUUUUUCUUUUUGGUUGAAAUCUUGACAGGUAGAAACGUAAUUUUGAAAAGAAAUGUGCUUUCCAUUCCAUUCCCCUAAUCCUGCCCCAUCCAAAAUAACUUAAGCAAAAGUGCAAUCCAUUAUCCAUACAGCCAUCAUGGACACUCAUCAAGUCUGCUUGGCCUUGUUUCCAAGAUUCGGAUUCUCGGCAAUUUGCUUCUCGGAUUUCUACUUUUUACUUGUAUAGGACCCAAUGUUUGAGUAGGAAGCGAGCUGUUCGAGGCAUGUUCAGACAGAUGGGCAUCAUAGAAUCUCUCAUAUUUGUUGUCUAAAUUGUUAGCAAUCCCGCAAUAAAAUUACUGGGAUUUUUAUCUUUG